AACUCGUUCUUAAGCCGGCUUCCCACGACUGGUGUACUUGCCAAGUACACGAAUACUCGCCAUGGCGAGUGUUUUACAAAUAUAGUGUUCCGACGACUGGCAUAUUUGUCAAGUAGGCCAAUACUCGCGUACUUGUGCAAGUAGCCAAGUAAACUGUUCCCACAGCUGGUUAAGCUUAACUAGUUAUCACAAGUAUUGUCGGUGGGGGAGGUAUUUAAUAUAUAAUUUGGAUUUAUAAAUUAGUUUUUAGCAGUUUAGUACCUACUGUUUGUCCUCGUGGUCGUGUAGAAAAUAGUUUAUAAAUCCGAAAAAGAUAAAUAAUCUUAUAACACACCAUGGGUGACGAUGAUAAAGUAUUGGCUUGUGCGUCAUUUAUCGUUAUGUGUGGUGAAUACUUAAAUUUGAAAAAAACUACAAAAAGUCCAAAAAAAAGAAGGUGGUGGAUGUCAUCUUUAAAUAAAAGCCGCAAUAGGUACAACGCGACAAAUCUAAUCGAAGACUUGAGGCGUGAACCAUCUGGUAAAUUUGAGAAUUUUUGCCGAAUGUCAGCUACAGAUUUUGAAUUUUUACUAUGCAAAAUUGGUCCAAUGAUCCGAAAAUCAAAUACCAAUAUGAGAGAAGCGAUCCCUGUACAGGAAAGAUUGGCAGUUUCACUUAGAUUUCUGGCAUCCGGCGAUAGUUUCAGUAGUUUGUCAUAUUUAUUUAAAUUCUCAAUCCAAACAGUGUCGAGAUGUGUAUACGAUGUUUGUAGCGCCUUAAUACAAAUACUAAAGGAAGAAAUUAAGGUAAGAACAUAAGCUUCAA